AUGACUCACCGACAACGGACAGCGGCGUUCGACAUGAGCGCCCUGGCAAACACACUACCGCAGGGGCUUUAUCGACCACUCAAUGGCCACGGCCAGCAGCGAUACAACACGUUCGCGCCUCCCGUUGCCGGUAACCAGCUUGGCGUUUCCAGUACCGUGGGCCCCAUGCCCACGCAGGAAUACUACCUCGCGCAGCAAACCCAUAUGGCACACUUCUACCAGACGCCCAUGUCGUCGCAAGCGCCCCCUGCCAUGACCUCCAGAGCCGACCAAGGCUACUACCCAAGCCCAGUCCUCAUGAAUCAAGCAGCCCAUGGCGGUGUCCACUUCUAUUACUCGCCUACGGCGGCAUUCCAGGGGCAUAGUCCUCAUGUUCACGGACAUGUUGCACUCGGUCAGUACGGGCUCAUACCGACUGUGCAUCAGCACGCGGAUCCGAGAUCGCCGCAGUCCAUGCCAAGCGGCCAAGAGGUGCUCCGGGUGCCUCCCUCAGCUGGCCCGCAGGUCAAGGGAGGCAUCAAUGGGCGCCGGAGUAUUGUCCGGGGACCGCCCAGAAAGCCAAGGCAGAGUGGCCACGCUAUCUGGAUUGGAAACCUCCCCCCGCAGACGGAUCUGAUGAGCUUGGUGCACCACGUGUGCAAGGAGACCGAAGGGCUGGAGUCCCUUUUUCUGAUUUCCAAGAGCAAUUGCGCCUUUGCCAAUUACAAGGACGAGCAGCUGUGCUCGGCGGCGCAGCGGAAAUUACACGAUUCCAACUUCAUGGCGGUCCGCCUGGUCAGCAGGCUGCGGAAAAGCACGGUGGAAGGGCCAGCGGGUGUCACGGCUCCCACGGGGCCAUCCGCAUCGGCACCGCAGGCGCCAUCUUCGCAAGAUGACAGCGUCUCUGGAGUUGAGGGUGGCGAGACCAGGGAAGAGAAUGGCGCCUCGGUCAGUUAUGGCACCGCAGCUGCCCACGAAGCCAAAGCCGCGGCGUCUUUGAUGGAUGCUCGGCCCGUGCAAAGGGACCGCUUCUUCGUUCUCAAGAGCUUGACGAUAGAAGACCUCGAGUUGAGUGUCCGGACAGGCAUCUGGGCCACGCAGGCACACAACGAAGACAUCCUAAACUCGGCAUUCCAGACCUCAGACAAUGUCUAUCUCGUGUUUUCGGCCAACAAGUCCGGCGAGUACUUUGGCUACGCGCGCAUGGCAUCGCCCAUCAACUCGGACCCGGCAGCCGCUAUCGAGUUCGCGCCGAGCGUGCAGUCGGCCAGCGAGGUCGAGCUCCCCAAAGCCAUACCGACCGAGGCGACCGAGUUCGCGCCCAAGGGCCGCAUCAUUGACGACUCGGCCCGCGGCACCAUUUUCUGGGAGGCAGACCGUGACGACGACAAUGACGACAACAACAACAAGGCAGCAGCAGCAGCCACGUCCUGCGAUGGCGGACAACAACAACACGACGACGAAGGAGUCUCUGGCAGUACUAGCGGCUCGGCGGCGGGAGGAGUAGGUGCGGACACGGGGAGCGUCCGGAGCGGCCAGGAUGGUAGUAGCAGCGUGAGCGUUGGCGCGGCGGCGGGCAGAGAGCCCAACAGUAAGGCGUGGGGCAAGCCAUUUCGGCUCGAGUGGCUAUCCACGUCGCGUCUCCCCUUCUACCGGACGAGGGGGCUGAGAAACCCUUGGAACUCUAACAGGGAGGUCAAGAUCGCGAGGGACGGCACCGAGCUCGAGCCGUCGGUAGGGAGGAGGCUGAUCGGGCUUUUCAAUAGGGUGCCACAGAGCCCGGCCCUGCCCAUGCUUCCGCCCAUGGUGGCCCCUAUGGGCAGUGCGGUAGUACAACUCCAAGGGCCGCCGACGCCUGCCACGAUGGCUGGGUAUUACGCUGUGCGAUAG